AUGGUGACGGUUUAUUAAGAGUUCAUUUCAAAUACAGCUUUGCUUUUUCUAAGUUGUUUUCUUGAAGUCAUCAGAAGAAGAAAAAUGUUUCAUGCAUUUAUUAUUUUCUGUUUGUGCUUAAAUGGUGUUGAUCCAGAUGAAGUGAAGUCAGUGUCAGUGAUAGAGGGAGAUUCUGUCACUCUUUACAGCGGUAUUACUGACAUACACAGAGAUGAUCUCAUUCUCUGGACAUUUGGAGCAAAAAACUCUCACUUAGCUAAAAUCAACAGAUUACAGAAGGAGAUCUUUCAUGAUGGUGAUGUUGGGAGAUUCAGAGAGAGACUGCAUAUGGAUGAUCAGACUGGAUCUCUCACCAUCACAAAUAUCAGCAUAGAUCUCACUGGACUUUAUCACAUUGAAAUCAUCAGUGGAAAUAAAGUUUCCAGCAAGAACUUCACUGUUUCUGUUUAUGCUCGUCUGCCCGUUCCUGUCAUCUCUCAACAUUUCCCUCAAUGUUCUCAAUCGUCUUCAAGCUCAUAUUGUUCGGUGUUGUGUUCAGUGAUGAAUGUGACACACGUGAGUCUCUCCUGGUACAAAGAAAACAGUUUAUUGUCCAGCAUCAGUGUUUCUGAUGUUAAAACAACAGCAUCUUUGCAUCUGGAGGUGGAAUAUCAAGACAACGACACAUACAGCUGUGUGAUCGACAAUCCCAUCACAAACCACACUCAACAUCUCAACAUCUCUCACGUCUGUCCCAUGAUCAUCAUUUCAGAUUUUGUUCAUGAGGUUGACGAUACCGAGGCAAUGGCCCGAUUGGUCUUAGCUGUUCUGGUGGCCGUGGCCGCUGUUGUUCUGGUGAUUUAUGACAUCGUAUCCACAAGAGUUUAACAAGAGACUGAAAUCACAGAUGCCAGUAUUUUGUUUAAAUUUUUAUAAGCUAAAUGAUAGAUGUAAAAGGUUCUUUCUAGGGGACGCUACACAUUAAUUGUCCGCCGUAAACUUGAGAAUAAACUGAUUGUGCAUUGAAUACAGCAAUAGCUUACACAACACGAAAGAGUGACCAUAGUCUACAAAUCUGUAGUAUUGUGUUCAAACGUAUUAACUGUUGAAGCCCUUUUUGAGCCUACACAUGUAUUCUUUGGAAUACAGACUUACGGUUGGUCUCGUGAAAAAUUAAAGUAGCUGAUUAUUGCUUAAAAAAAAUCACACAUACAGAAAAAAUGAAAGGUAUUUUGUUAGGUUUAUUGUAAACAAUAAAUAAAAAAGUUUGUUUUUCUUUGAUAAAAAUACAUAAAAAAAUAUGGGUCGCAAAAGGAUAACAAAAAAUUGAAAUACACUCUUUAUAAAAAAGAAUAAAUUACACCCCCGACAUAAAUUAUUAAAAGCAAACAA